AUCAAAAUCUGCGCCAAAAGAAAAAAGAAAUACUAAAGACAACUUUGUGAGAUCCAAGAGAAAGGAAAAAAAUCUCUCUUCUCUUUCUCUCUCAAAAGUCAGAGAGAGAAACAUCACCAUCACCAACGAGAAGGAGCUGCCCAUUGAUUUAACAGUGAAAAAAUGGGAUGCUCGUUCUCGGGACUCAAUGCUUUGUAUGACAAUGCCAAUGGCGGAGGAGAUGUUUGGAUCAAUGAGAACCGUUUCAGGAUCCUUCGUCAAGCCACUUUUCCCAAUGUCUUCCUUGUCAAGGAGCUCAUUUCUGAUCCAAAUAAAAUCAAGGACCCUUCUCAUGUCUCUGAUGAUGGAACUUAUGCAAUGAAGAAAGUUCUUAUUCAAAACAAUGAAGAGUUAGAGUUGGUGAAAGAGGAGAUCCGCGUUUCGUCUCUGUUUAGCCAUCCCAAUCUGCUUCCUCUCCUGGAUCACGCCAUCAUUUCGGUCAAGGCCUCACAAGACCAGUCUAGGAAGCAGGAAGCUUACUUGUUAUUUCCAGCCCAUAUGGAUGGGACAUUACUGGACAGUAUGAAAGCCAUGCAAGCAAAACAGGAGUUCUUUUCCACUUUGGAGGUGCUUCAAAUAUUUCAUCAGCUCUGUGCAGGUCUCAAGCAUAUGCAUAGCUUUGAUCCUCCGUAUGCACAUAAUGAUGUCAAACCUGGUAAUGUCCUGUUAACACAUCGGAAAGGACAGGCACCUCUUGCAAAAUUAAUGGAUUUUGGAAAUGCAUGUCCUGCAAGAAGGCAAAUUCGCUCUCGCUCAGAGGCUCUACAGUUGCAGGAAUGGGCAUCUGAGCAUAUUUCAGCCCCUUUCCGUGCACCUGAAUUGUGGGACUGCCCAAGUCAAUGUGAUAUUGAUGAAAGAACUGAUAUCUGGUCAUUAGGUUGUACAUUAUUUGCUAUAAUGUAUGGUGUAUCUCCAUUCGAGUAUGCACUAGAGGAAUCUGAUGAAAGUCCACAAUUGGCUAUUGUAAAUGCACAAAUAAAGUGGCCAACUGAGCCUAAUGUUCAAUACCCAAACGACCUUAAUCAGUUUGUGACAUGGAUGCUUCAGCCUCAACCAACAGUCCGACCCUGCAUAGAUGAUAUCGUAAUUCAUGUUGACAAGUUGAUCUCAAAGUAUUCCCCAUUAAAGUAAUGUGAGGGGAAUAUUUUGGUUUAGUUCACAUAUGCAUCAUCUAUAUUAACAUCUUAGCAUAUUACAGAAACCACCAUAAGUUACUGUUACAUUAUUUUUUCGAUCCAUUUUUUCUUGUCAAAAUGUGAUAGAAGACUCAGUAACUCCUUAUUCCUCAUUACCACAGAGGAGCGAUAAUUUAAUGUUGAACACUCUACUACUUUUGUUCCCAUGUCCACAAGAAAAUUUUGCCUUGGUUGUUUCUACAAGCUCA